AUGAUUUCUCCACAAAGCUUGCGCACCGUCUCUGGCAAGACCGAUACCAAAAUGCCCAAUUUCUCCUGCAUCCUGUACGCGCUGCGCGUGACCCACCGGGCGCAGGUGAACGGGGACUUGGUGCACUUCAAGAAGGACAAGAGGCGCGUGGUGGUAGCCGACCAGUACCGGAGACCCCGCGGGAACACGACAGCCGGGAACACGACAGCCUCGCCGUCCACAACCACCUCAGGGCAGCAGCCCAGCUCCAGUCCGCAAGCGCCCCAGAGCCGCGCCAAGAAGUGGGCCCAGUUCAUCUGCGGGAAGCACGGGGUAGAGAUCGUCUCGGAGCACAACCAGGGCAACGGCCGCAUCCGCUUCCCGGUGGUGCCCGGCAAGGCCCGCACCGUCACCGUCCUGGUGCAGAACCAUGGGGCCGAGGCCGUGACGCUGCGGCGGUGCCAGCCCCGGCGGCGCCUGCGGGAGUUCUCCUUCACAGACGAGCAAGGGGUGACACAGGGCCAGUCCCUGCUGCUGCACCCAGGCAGCUCGUACCCCAUCCAGGUGCGGUGCCUGGCCACCUGCAAUGGCUACUUCCACACCGUGGUGGUCUUCGAGUUCACCAAGGAACCAGACAAGCCCUUCAGCAUCGGGCGCUUCAUCGCUGCCAUGGCUGAGAGCCAGCUGGCCAAGGACCUGGGGCCCUCGGAGCCUUUCCAGCCUUACCAGGCCAGCCUCCAGCACCCCGUCACCAUCAUCACUGAGGAUGGCAUCCCCCCCGACAGCUCCCUGAAAAACCAACUGGAGAGCGAAAUCCCUCUGGACACCUACCAGUACCCGCAGAGCCUCAAGGACGCGAUCCUGCACGGCCCCAGGGCCAGCUCGGGCUGGGCCACCAUGCAGUCGCUUCUGGAGGCCCCUCUGCAGCCUGAGAACUACCAGCAGAAGUUCCAGCUGCUGCUGCACCUGGAGGAGAUCCAGAUGGAGGUGGACAUCCGGCGCUACGACAUGCAGGACGUGACCAUGGUGCAGGACAGGGCGCUGCUGGUCCUCGACGUGCCCGGCGUGGCCGAGAGCCGCCCGUCCGUGCUGAAGGGGGAUCACCUCUUCGUCCACCUGAGCAGCGAGCGGGACCGCUCCCCGCUCGUCCAGUACAAGGGCUACGUGCACAGUGUGGAGCUGGAGAAGGUCCGGCUGGGCUUCUCCUCCAAGUGA